UCAGUAACUUGCUAAGUACACAGAUAAAUAUGAACCUUGGAGAAUUUACAUUGCUCCAAUGUAAACAGAUAGCCAAGGGUCCCUUUAUCAGCACUGGCUCAGGACAGUCGUGGGGGGUCUGAAGUGGCUCCAUUUUGUAUUUUGGGUUUUUUUGGGGGGUGUAGAGGCGGGAGGCUGCGCUGUGCCCACUCUCCUGACAGUCAGGCGCGUCACCUCGGGAACAUGGUGUAGGGAAGCUGGAAGCAGGAUAACCCGAAAUUCAAAUCCAAGGGACACCAGCCUGAAGACCAUGGUCUCAAAGCUGAGUCAUCUUCAAGUGGAGCUGCUGGGAGCGCUGCUGGAGUCGGGACUAACCAAGGAGACCCUCAUCAAGGCGCUGAGCGAAGUGGAACCCUAUGCGCUCCAGAGUGAAAGUCAGCGCGCUAUCAAUGCUCUCCAGACAGAGAAAGGGGAACCCUGUCCCGACAUCCCCAACGGAAUGGGGGAGUCCAGGUUAUCGGAAGAUGAAACCUCUGAUGACGGGGAGGAAUUUACCCCUCCAAUAAUGAAGGAGCUGGAAAACUUGAGCCCUGAGGAGGCUGCUCACCAGAAGGCUGUGGUGCAAAGACUAUUACAAGAAGAUCCCUGGCGAGUAGCAAAGAUGGUGAAAUCCUACCUCCAGCAGCACAACAUCCCUCAGCGUGAGGUGGUGGACACUACUGGUCUGAACCAGUCUCACCUCUCACAACACCUCAACAAGGGCACUCCCAUGAAGACCCAAAAAAGGGAAGCCCUCUACACCUGGUAUGUCCGCAAGCAGCGAGAGGUGGCCCAGCAAUUCACACACGCUGGGCAGGGUAUCCUGACAGAGGAGCCCAUGGGAGAUGACCUGCCCACCAAGAAGGGAAGAAGAAAUCGCUUUAAAUGGGGUCCUGCUUCACAACAGAUCCUGUUCCAAGCCUACGAGAGGCAGAAAAACCCCAGCAAAGAAGAGAGAGAGGCACUGGUGGAAGAAUGCAACAGAGCAGAGUGUAUUCAGAGAGGUGUUUCCCCUUCUCAGGCCCAGGGACUGGGCUCAAACCUGGUGACAGAGGUCAGAGUUUACAACUGGUUUGCCAACCGCAGGAAGGAGGAGGCUUUCCGGCACAAGCUGGCCAUGGACACCUUCAGUGGACCACAGCCCACCUCUGCUCCCCCUCUAACUCCUCACAACUCUUCUUCCCUCCAGCCACCAUCAGCUCUCUCACCCAGCAAGGUUCACGGAGUGAGGUACAACCAGCAGCCAGCCAGUGAAGCAGAGUCCUCCAGCAGCAACCACCAUGCCAACAGCUCCAUGGUGACCACCCAAACCAUCCUUCAUCAGGUUUCUCCCCCUGGACUGGAGCCCAGCCAGAACCUACUGAGCACAGACACUAAGCUGGUCUCAGCUCCCGGAGGAACUCUCCCUCCUGUCAGCACCCUGACUGCCCUGCACAGCCUAGAGCAAAAUCCACAUCCUCUGAGCCAGCAAACUCAGAACCUGAUCAUGGCAUCGCUGCCAGGUGUUAUGGCAAUUGGAGCUGGCGAGACCUCAUCCCUAGCACCAGCGUUCACCAACACAGGUGCCUCAACCCUGGUGAUAGGCCUGGCCUCAACCCAGCCCCAGAGUGUACCUGUAAUAAACAGCAUGGGGAGCAGCCUCACUACCCUGCAGCCUGUCCAGUUCUCCCAGCAGCUGCACCCAUCCUACCAGCAGCCCCUCAUGCAGCAAGUCCAGAGCCACAUCAACCAGAGCCCCUUCAUGGCUACCAUGGCCCAGAUACAGAACCCCCACGCUCUCUAUGGCCCCAAGUCUGAAGUGGCCCAGUACACACAUACAGGCCUCUUGCCACAAACCAUGGUGAUAACAGAUACAGCCAAUCUCAGCGCCCUGACUAACCUGACACCAACCAAACAGGCAUUCACACCCGAGUCGGAGACCCACACAGAGUCUGGGAUGCACACACCAGUGUCACAGGCUCCAACAAUACAUUUACAGAACCAAGACACAACCAUCCAGCACCUUCAGCCAGGCCCUCGCCUCACCUCAAGCCCUGCUGUGUCCUCCAGCAGCCUGGUGCUGUACCAAAGCUCUGACUCCACCAACAGCCACAGUCAGUUGCUGCCAUCCACUCACAAUGUCAUCGAGACCUUCAUCUCCACGCAGAUGGCAUCCUCCACUCAGUAAUCAUGACAGCUAGCUCAAGGGUGACUGCCAUGACCAGCCUGUCAGGUCCAGCUCCAACUGUGUUUGCCAUCACUGUCAUCACUGCCUUCCACGGGAAGGAAAGACUGCUGCACUCAGCCGACCUCCAGCCUGUACUGCCUCAUACAAAUCACUUACUCAGCUGCCUCCAUAAGAGAAGAUGUCUCAGGCUCAAGACAGAAGCCAUGGAAAGAUGAUGCUGGCACUAAAAUCCAGUGCCUCCCAAAAAAACAAGCAAACCCAAACCCCAACAGCCAACCUAAAAUGACCAGACAUCCUGCCCCAGAAGAUUCAAGACAGGGAUCUGAAUGCAAUAUGGCAAAAAUGCCAAAGCACAGAUGGGACUUUCAUUGUCCCCAGCCUCCAUCAAGCUGGAUCUGUACAAACCUGCCAAGACCACCCUAAGCCAUGCAGGAAAGAGCAAAGCUGAGCUGCCAAAGAAGGGAUGCUCUAAGGAAGCACCAAUGGGAACUAUGAGAAACAACAGUAUCUUGGAGGCAAGAGUGAGAGAACCUGGUUCCUGACACUGCAAUGAAAAUCAUCAUGAAACAAGUUCAGGAAUGGCUUGGCACAAACCUGUCAGUAUUGGAUCACUGAGUACAAGCUAUGAAUCCUUUAAUUAACUACAGAAAUACCAAACAUUCUCAGUUAAAAAUGACCUGCUCUAAAAUCAUGCUAUCCUAGUGGAAAUGGCUUGGUUAUUUUUGAUAUAGCUCUGCUUUGUUUUAAAUGCAGAAAUUAAAGUUUAACAGCAGCAAGGAGAUUCCAGUUCUUUGCAUUACCCAUAUGGGCUCUCGUGUGUCUUGCUGAAUGAGCCGAGGGUGGCAUUCUCCACUGAUCCCUGAUACUGCAUACAUGUCCCAAUGCUCCACAAAGGGCAGUGAUCCCUUCAGUUGUUCUCUAUAGAGAUGUCAGCUUCACUUUAAAGAACACAGCUCAUUCUUAGCUUCUCUGUAGGCUGUAUUCUGUAGUUCUUGAUAUGCAAAUAAUUACCACGGGUUUUAAGAGUCUUACUCGCACCGAGUUAAGGUUUUUAGCCCUAUGGACCUACUUGUAUAAUUCCUCUUCUAAUUAUUAUUCUCUAUUUACUCCCAGUGUACACAUCACUAACACGUGACCAGCCAGACAUGAACAAAAACCUCACUUAAUGUUUUUGUCUUUGUGACCAAACCGGAGUUUCAAAUGUAAAAUGGAUGAAAACCUCUCACGAUGGGGCUCAAGACUCUUAAAAGGUUAAGAGAAUUUCCAAACAAAAAGCCCAGCAGUGAACUCUUCAGGUAUCAUACCUGGAAAUUUCAACAUUGCAGCUGUCCAUUACAGUUAUUACUGAUACAAGCCUCUUCUAGAUAUCACCAGCCAUCACACACUCCUUUCAGUAACUACAGUAUGACAAAUUUCAUCCUAGAAUAUCGUUUCCUAGUCUCCCAUGUGUGUCAGUUGCAAAUACAUAAAACUUCCAGUUAGCUUAAAAAUAAUCAUCAUAAAGCAAGUCAAAAGACAAUGUUUAGACCACUAUGCAUUGAAAACCCAGGUGGUAGCUUCAGUAUACUGAUGUUUUAACUGCCCAUAAGGCAAGUGACUUCUGCUGGCACAUUCAGUUAGAUUACAAGCCAAUUUUCUACUUAGCUUUGCCAUUUUUGGAUGCCAACUGUGUUUUCUUGAAUAAAAAAAACAGGAAGAAUCUUACAGUAGGAAAGAAAACAUCUUGGGUUUUCCUGUGCUCAAAGAGCAACUUCUAUUUCAAUUUCUCUAAUCUGGCUUUCUGGUCUCCUGAAUAGGGCCAGAAAGUUAGAGCUACUGAAACCCAAAAAUCUUAAAAGCAGAAGUGUAUUUAUCCAAUAGCAGGUCAUUUCCUGAAAUACCAGAACUGAAGUAUAAACAGACUAUAAACCAUACUCAACACUACCAAACCCCAUUGUAUUUCAGACACACAGAAGUCAUAAUCAGCUAAAAUAAUGACUGAAACACAGUGACUUUUAA